ACCUCAACACUGGGUAGUCUAGCUACAGUAUACUCCCCACCUUGGGACACAACCUCAACAAGAAGACUGAUCGAGGAAGUACAGUCCAAUCAUAAAAUGUUACCAGACAUGAACACCCAAGAUCGUAUAGAACACUGGCAGCAAGCAAACAACACCUUUUUCAACAGUAACAACCCAGAUGAGACAUUUUCCAGCUGUGAUAAAAACAGACUAGGCAACAUUAGUAGUCAUUUGGAUGUAAAUCAGUCACAGCAGUACAGUUUACAGCAGCAAUUGUUAUUUCAGCAUCAGCAUAAGAUUAAAACUAGAGACAGUGCUGUCAAAGUUCAUCAGGUUCAAACUAAUCCAACUGUCGACUCAAUGCUGCACCUUAAUCAGAAUACAGCCAGUGGACGUUUCAUUCAAAAGGAAGAAGAACAGAAAAAGAGAUGGAGUUAUCAAG